CUCUCUUGGAGCUGUAGAGGAGAGGUUGACCGUCUCUCUCCUCCAGCAGCUUUUCUGCAGCCUCCCGUCGCCUCAUCAUGGAUUUUGGAACUAAAAAAGUCGCUGGGAUUAUCGCUCAGGUCGCCCUGCUCCUCUGCAGCUCGUCCGGGACACACGGAGCAGAAGUGUGUGACAGCUCAUUGGUGUCCAAUCUGCCUCCAUCGUCCUUCAGAAGCUCCUCCCAGCUGUCCAGCAGCCACGCGCCGGGCUUCGCCAAACUCAACAGGAGAGACGGAGCUGGAGGGUGGUCUCCUCUCUCCUCAGACGGCUAUCAGUGGCUGGAGGUCGACCUCGGAGAGCGGACCACGAUCAGCGCCGUGGCAACGCAGGGACGCUACGGCAGCUCUGAUUGGCUGACGUCGUACCUGCUGGUGUUCAGCGACACGGGAAACAACUGGAAGCAGUACAGACAGGAGGACAGUAUCGGGUCUUUCCCAGGUAACAGUAAUGCAGACAGUGUGGUUCAGUACAAGCUGCAGCAGCCGGCCGUCGCUCGCUUCCUCCGCCUCCUCCCUCUGGACUGGAACCCCAGCGGGAGGAUCGGACUCCGGCUGGAGACCUACGGGUGUCCUUACACCUCUGAUGUGGUGAGUUUGGACGGCAGCAGCAGUCUGGUGUUCAGGUUGACCCCCGACCCGAGGCAGACGUCCAGAGAGGUCGUCUCUCUGAAGUUUAAAACCCUGAGGAAUUCUGGGACGCUGCUGCAUGCAGAGGGAGAGAGAGGGAGAGGACUCAGCCUGGAGUUAGAGAGAGGAAAGCUGCAGCUGCUGCUCAGACAAGGCAGGACUUCUUCCUCUGAGCCCCGGCGUCUCUCCACCCUCGGCAGCCUGCUGGAUGAUCAGCAUUGGCAUCAUUUAGCGGUGGAGCGGCGCAGCUCUCACCUCAACCUCACUGUGGACAAACACACGGAGAGGAUUCAGAUCCCUGCAGAGUUCAGCCACUGGCACAUCCAGCAGCUGAGUGUGGGGACAGUCCAGAGCCUCGGCUCUCAGAAACCAGUCAUCUCUAAGAGGGGUUUUCAUGGCUGCCUUGAAAACGUGUUGUUCAACGGCCUCAACUUGAUAGAUCUAGCCAAACACAAAGACCACCAAGUUACCCUCAUGGGCAAUGUCACCUUUUCUUGUGCUGAGUCGGUUUCCGUCGCCAUGACCUUCCCCGGACCCCAGAGCUUCCUCCAGUUGCCGGGGGCCACGGCGUCGUCGUCAGGGGGCGUGUCCAUCGGGUUCCAGUUCAGGACGUGGAACAAGGCGGGGCUUCUGCUGACCUUUGACCUACCUCAGGGAGGGGGCGUGGCCUGGCUCUACCUGAGUGAGGCCAGACUCCGGCUGCAGGUCCAUAAAACUGGCAGGGCGCUGCUGGAGCUCAGUGCAGGUUCUGCUCUGAAUGACGGUCAGUGGCAUUCGGUGGAUCUGAACUCCAGACGAGGUCGUCUGAGCAUCAUCGUGGAUAAAGAGGAAGGAGGCAGCGCUCACGCCACUCAUUCAUUUCCUGUCACUGUAGAAAGUCACCUCUUCUUUGGUGGUUGUCCUCCUGAAAACGAUAGGCAGGAGUGCAGAAACCCCUUCAAUAUCUUCCAGGGCUGCAUGCGUCUCUUAACUUUGGACGACCAAAUCGUGGAUCUGAUCAUGGUGCAGAAAAAGCAGCUGGGAAUCUACAGCAACCUGCAGAUAGAUAUGUGUGGAAUCAUUGACAGGUGUUCUCCCAGUCGGUGUGAACAUGGCGGCCGCUGCAGUCAGUCCUGGACCGCCUUCCACUGUAACUGCUCUGACAGCGGCUACAGCGGAGCCAUUUGCCACAGCCCUCUGUACGAACAGUCCUGCGAGGCGUACAAACACAACGGCAACACGUCGGGACAUUUUUACAUCGACGUGGAUGGCAGCGGACCAAUCAAACCGCAACUGGUGUACUGCAACAUGACAGAGGAGAACACAUGGAUGGUGAUCCAGCACAACAACAGCGAGCUGACCAGAGUGCGACCGUCUCCAGAGGUAAACCAGCACUCAGUUAACUUUGACUACUCCACUGAAGAGGAGCAGCUAUUGGCCGCCAUCAGCCAAUCAGAGUACUGCGAACAGGAACUGUCCUACCACUGCAGGAAGUCCCGCCUCCUCAACACUCCAGAGGGCUCUCCGUUCAGCUGGUGGCUCGGGGGUCCCGCUCCCGGUCGUGUCCAGUCUUAUUGGGGGGGGGGCUCACCGGGUAGCCAGCAGUGUGUGUGCGGGCUGCAGGGAGACUGUGUGGAUCCUCAGCACUACUGCAACUGUGACGCUGACCGCACCGAGUGGACUGAGGACUCGGGGCUGCUCACCCAUAAGGAGAGCCUCCCCGUCCGUUCUCUGUUGCUAGGUGACAUCAGGAGGCCGGGGUCAGAGGCCGCGUACAGGGUGGGACCGCUCCGUUGUCAUGGAGACAAGAACUUCUGGAACGCUGCGUUUUUCGACAAGGAGACGUCGUACCUCCACUUCCCGACCUUCCACGGAGAGCUGAGCGCGGAUAUCUCCUUCCUGUUUAAAACCACCGCCUCCUCCGGUGUGUUCCUGGAGAACCUGGGCAUCAAAGACUUCAUCCGGAUCGAACUGAGCUCCUCCACUCGGGUGGUUUUCUCCUUCGACGUCGGUAACGGGCCUCUGGAGGUUCAUGUGGAGUCGAUGGUGCCGCUGAACGACAACCGGUGGCAUCGAGUCCGAGCCGAGAGGAACGUCAAAGAGGCGUCGCUGCGGCUGGACGGACUUCCUGUCGCCACACAGGAAGCUCCGGCUGACGGACACCUCCACCUGCAGCUCAACAGCCAGCUGUUCAUAGGAGGCACAGCGUCCAGGCAGAAGGGCUUCCGGGGUUGUAUCCGCUCCCUGCAGCUGAACGGCGUCCCCCUGGACCUGGAGGAGCGGGCGGAGAUCACCCCCGGGGUCCAGCCCGGCUGCCCGGGUCACUGCAGCAGCUACGGCUCGCUCUGCCAGAACCAGGGCCGCUGUGUGGAGAGAGCCAGCGGCUUCCACUGCGACUGCGGCCUGUCGGCGCACACUGGAGCCUUCUGCCGUACUGAGUUGUCGGCCAGCUUCCAGUCGGGCACGUCGCUGCGCUACACCUUCAAGGAGCCGUACGAGUUGAGCAGGAACAGCAGCGCCCUGCCGUCCUCCAUCUACUCGGACCUGACGCUGAGAGGAGAGAACGUCUCGCUGAGCUUCAGGACCAAUCAGAGCCCGGCUCUGCUGCUCUACGUCAGCUCCUACUACACCCAGUACCUGGCCCUGCUCAUCAACAAGCACGAUAAGUUGGAGGUACGGUACAAGCUGGACAGCAGCAGAGACGCUGAUGUGUUGAAGAGCAAAGUGAAGAGUCUGGCAAACGGACAACUACACACCGUCACCAUCAGGAGACUGACUGACUCUGUGUCUCUGCAGAUCGACCAGAACCCCAGAGAAGACUUCAACCUGACAUCAGACGGAGAAUUCAACGGCAUGAAGUCGCUGGUGCUGGGCAGAGUGCACGACUCUGAGGAUCUGGAUCCAGAUCUGUCCAGGUUGGCGUCUCUGGGUUUCUCCGGCUGUCUCUCGGUGGUCCGCUUUAACUCCAUCAGCCCUCUGAAAGCUGCUCUGCUGCACCCGGACAGCAGCCCCGUCACCAUCUCCGGACCUUUACUGCAGUCCAGCUGCGGCUCCUCGGCUGCAGCCAAUCCCUACGCAGCAGAGAACACACACCACCUGUCAGACCAGUCUGGGUCAGUGGGUUCAGGUCAACCUUUAGUCAAUGCCAUGCGGACUGACUCUGCUCUGAUUGGAGGGGUCAUAGCGGUGGUGAUCUUCGUGAUUGUGACCGUGCUGGCGAUAACGGCCAGAUUCCUCUACCGGAGAAAAGAGACGUACCGGAACCAGGAAGUGAAGGGGGUCAAACAGGAAGACAGCCAGGACUUCCAUUUCAACAACCAGACUGACCCCCAGAACGUCUCCUCUGAAAACCCAAAGGAGUAUUUCAUCUGACUCAGAGACACUCAGAGACAGAUUUGUGCGUCUGUUGCUUUACUGUAAAUUGUGAAUAUACUGAUAAACUAAAACAGUGUUGGACUUAUGAGAUGUUGAUACCCUUGUUUCAACUGUAAAUAUUUAAAAAUGUAAAUGUUAAUUUCAUGUCUUUGUAGCGAUCUCUGGCUAAUGUCACAAUUAAAUAAUGAAGGUCUCAGUACUGUAGUAUCCUCUUGUGGUUGGGUGUUCCUUAGAGGGAGAUGGGUACUCGUAUGUAAAAGACUUGAAAUUGGCAGGAUGUUGUUUUAUAUCAGACAGUAUUUAUUUGUUUGUGAUCAUAUGAUAUCUCCCAUUUUAAAAGGUCACCCACUAACCCCCCCAGGAAUUUCUUCAACCUCCAACAAUUGACUUCUUUCCACAAUCGUGCCGUUUUUGUUUCCCCCUCUUUGAAGGAUUAAGCUUUCACGUUGUAAGGUCUGAAAAAUAACUUGAGUGAAUAUUAAAGUAAUGGUGCUUCAGUUUGGGUGAAUUUCCUCUCACCAUAUUCCAAACAUGAGUCAGCAUUUAUGAGCCGAGUCUUUGAUGUACAAAACAAAGUAACAAAAGUGAGAAGUGAGACCCUCAAAAGGAUUUACAUCAAGUUCCCUUUGCUUUUUCCCCACUCUUCCCUGCUGUCUGCCGCCUGCUGGGAGCGUCCUCUCCCCGCUCUCUAGAUGCCUCUGAAGCUUUUAACGCUGACAGCAGCACAGACUCUAUAGCUCUGUGGCGCUCUGUCACCUCUUUCCCUGCACACAGAGACAGCUCAUGUGUUUCUGAAAUGCUAAUCUGCUGCGCUCUGACAGCUGGAUUGUGACUAGAUAAUCCAAUAGAAAGUGUCAGGCUGAACACGAUGAAAACAGCCUGAUAUUUACACUUCAAAAUGGAGCAACCCCCCCCAUGUGUUAAUUCAACUCAUGUGUAAAGAGAGACACUGAUAGAGGGAGGAAGAGGAGCAGCUGCUCAUCAAACUCACCUCUCUCUGAGACCUCAAAGCACAGAUGGGAUUUUAACGACAAAAGUUGCUAAUAGUGUUUUUUUCUCCACCAAACAACACGUGCUGAUACCAUCUCUGUUGCAUACCAUGUUUCAGCACUAAGAAAUACAUCUUCUGAUAGCAGUUUGGUAUAGAAGUAAAGAAACCAUGUGAAAGUGAACUUAUUGGGUGUGUCUCUAGACGGCAAACAAUUGACCAGAUCAUGCCUCUUAAAAGAAAAGGAAAGAGGAGCAUUGGUCACUCAGAAAACAGACUUUUUUAGGAUUUUCAAUCAAGUUUUCUGUUAUUAUCAAUAAAUACAAAAAUGAUGUCUGCUUAUUUGGAUCGGCGAAUGUGUACAAUACUUUUUGGACAUUUCAUUUUAGCAAUCAGGUUUUGCUGAGUACUUUGGAUUCCUCUGGUGAGGUUUGUAGUGGAUGGAUCUCAAUGUCACUAAAAUAAGGUAUUUGUACUUCUUUUGGUGAAUAACAGUAAUGUAAGUGAGUUUGAGUGACAUGCCAUGAAACAAACCUGUUUGUAAAAUAAAACAUGUUUUUUCAGAA